AUGUCACAAAAUCCCAGUGACCCUCCCAAGGAAACCCCUAAACCAGAGGCGAGCUCUCCCCAACCGGGCGACGACGAAAAGCCAAAGAAACCUCCGACUCAAAACGGAGUUAAGCAACCUACUUGGGACGAUAUCAUUCGGGACCCAGGGCUGGAUGGGCAGGAGAAGGAUGGAGACUCUAAGGGCAAAGAAUAA